AUGAAUUUAUCAGAACUCAAUGAAAAAUCUGUACCUAUCCUGAAUAUUAUUAAUAACUCUGAGAAUAAUACAAAUGAAAAUAAUGAAAUUUCAUCAAUUAAUCAAAUUAAUUCAUCAUCUCCUACAUCAAAUUUAACACCAGGUUCUACUAAUACCAACUUGACUAAUAAGAUUAAUAACAAUGACCAUAUGGAAGAACAUAGGUCAAAUCAAACCACAAUUCCAAGACCUACAUUACCUUCAUUUCAACAAUUAACAUCAUCACGUCAUUCAUCAAUAAAAUCAAUAAUUGAUGAAGAUAUAAAAAAUACAAGUAAUAAUAAUCAAAAUCACAACAAUACUCCAUCUACUUUAUUAAUACCGUCAAAUAAUUCAAAUUCAAUUAUUAAUUCAAGUCAAUUAUUAUCACCUCAACCUCAACAAUAUCAACAACAAUCGCAUUCAAUGACUAAUCAACAUAGUAAUCCUAGUCUAUCUUCGUCAUAUCAUUCAUCUUAUUCAUCCCUACCGCCUGUUUUACAUCACAAUCAACAACAACCACAACCAAUUCAACAUCGACAACUACAGCCACUACUACAACAACAACCACCACAACAGCAACAACAGCAUAUACUAAGGAAUGAUUCAGGAAUACUACCUCAUAACAGACCUAUUGAAGAUAUAUCUAGAGCAGACUUAAAUAGAAAUACAGAUUCACCGCAUACUCCAUCUUCAAUAUCUUCCAUAUUAUCACCAUCAACAGUAUCUUCUCCAUCACAACAAAACAACAGUAGUAAUAAUAACAAUAAUAAACAUAGAUUACCAAGGAAAUAUUUUUGUAAAACUUGUAAUCAAGGAUUUACAAGAAAACAUAAUAUGGUAAGUCAUGAAUUAAUUCAUUCAUCAUUAAAACCUCAUAUUUGUAAUAUAUGUAAUUUAAAAUUUAGAAGAAUUCAUGAUUUAAAAAGACAUGAAAAAUUACAUACUGGUGAAAAACCUUUUAUUUGUGAUAAAUGUUCAAGAAGAUUUGCAAGACCUGAUGCUUUAACAAGACAUCAAAAUUCUGCUAAUGCUUGUUCUGGAGUUAAUAUUAAUAAUAACAAUAAUAAUAAUAAUAAUGAAAUAAAUUCAAAUGAUUUAAAUUCAAAUUUCAAUUCAAAUUCAAGUACAACAAUUGAUGGAUCAAAUAUUAAUCAUCAUAAUUAUAAUAAUAGCAACAGUAACAGUAAUAAUGAAGAUAGUAACAGUUCUACUCCUCAAAGACCAGUAUUAGCUGUAAAUCAAAACCCAAAUCCUAGUGAGAGCGGUGGAAGUGGUAGUGGUAGUGGUAGUAAUAAUGAUUUAUCAGCAUCAGCUUCAUCAUCAGCAACAAUGACAGAAAGUGGUGGAUCAUCUCAAUUUAGUUCAAAUGGUUAUCAAGAAUCAAGUAGUGGAGGUUCAAAUAUGUCAAUUGGAAUACCAACUUUAAAAACAAUUGGAUUAACUCCCAAGGAUUUAAAUUCUAAUAGAAAAAAAAGUAGUAUAUCAUCAAAUUCAAAAGAUAGAAAUUUAAGUUUAUCAAGUGUUGAUGAAAAUCCUCCUCCUCAAAUUUAUAUAAAUCCUGAUUUUACAAAUUUUAAUAAUCAACAACCAAGUCAAUCUAUAAUUCCAAUUCAAAAUAAUUUACAUAAUUGGCAAAUUGGAGUUAGAAAAUCUUUACAAUUAAAUAAUCAACAACAAUUACCUUCAAAUGCUUUACCUCCACCAUCAUCGACGGGUAUAUCAAAUCAAUCUCAACAACAAUUACUGCAAUCGCAACAACCGCAACAACCGCAACAACCGCAACAACCGCAACUGCAAAUGCAUCACAAUCAACAUUUUCAACAACACCAACCGCAACACCAACAACAUCAACAACAACAACACCUACAGCAGAAUCCGCAGCAUCUGCACCAAACACAUCAACGUCAACAACAACAGCAAUUGCAGCAACAUCAGCAACAACAACAUGAACAACAUCACCAACAACAACAACAAUUCCAACAUCACCAACAUCAACCACAGCAACAACUUUUCACACAACAGCAACAUGCUCAACAUUUACAACAACAACCAACAUCAUCAUCAUCCAAUUCUAAUAACAUACCCCCAAUAAAUUCAAUAUAUCCAAUUAGUUUUAACCCUUUUUCAUCAUCAUCAACAAAUCAAUCAAAUAAUUCAUUACCUUCAAUUUUACAAACUUUUCCUAUACCACCACUAUCUAAUAAUCCUUCAUUUUCGAAUCAUCAAACACAAUUUCAACAACAGCAACAGCCGCCGCAGCAGCAACAUCAACAACAGCAACAAUUUCAACAACAGCAACAACAUCAGCAAACACAGCAAAUGCAACAUUCACAUCUGCAACAAAUACAUCCUCAAAUCAAACAAGAAGUAUUACCACCAUCAAUAUCAUAUAAUUUAUCUGGUAGAACUCCAUUAUCAUUAAUUCCUUCAAAACAUUCAGUCUCAAAUGAUUCAAUUUUAAAUAAAGAAGAUCAGCCUCAACCUCAACCACAACCUCAAUCUCAAUCUCAAUCUCAAUCUCAAUCUCAAACUUCAAAUCAACCCACAAUUUCACCAUCACAAAUUCAUGAAAUAAAAAAAGUGGAACAACAAUCGAAACUCCAUCAAUUUCCUUUUCCUCCUCAAAUGACAAGAGGUACUCAAACUAAAUCAAAUGAAACAGAAGGAGAAGAACAUUUGAAGAGAUAA